AGGGAAUCUCAGCGUCUCCUGACAAAGGCGGGGAGAACGGUCAAUGCCGCGUCCCUUCGGGAAAAUGCGGGAGUGAUGUGGGAACCAACCAUUCUUGAAGGACAAGAAGGAAAACGUUUGAUACAGGGAAGAAACAAACCACCUGAUAAAUGGAAGCCAUGAAGAUAUCAAAGCGGUUCUUUGCUUUUGGGAUUCUGGCAUGCUUGGUUAUUUAUGCUGCAUACAUAAAAUGGCAAUUGGAUUCCAAACCAGUCGUGGGAGCAACAGAAGGAGUUGCCGAGAGCAGGGGAGAGAAACCGAACCAUCAGGCAUCGACCACGGAUCUCUCGGUCUUUUAUGGGAUUAUGUUUGAUGCUGGAAGCACUGGAACUCGCAUCCAUAUCUUCAAAUUUACACAGCAGGCAAAAGAGACUCCCAAGUUAACCCACGAGACGUUUAAAGCACUGAAGCCGGGUCUGUCUGCCUACGCCGAUGAUGUCGAGAAGAGUGGCCAAGGAAUAAAAGAGCUCCUGGAGGUGGCAAAGAAGGAAGUUCCUGUGGAGCUGUGGAAAUUUACUCCUCUGGUCCUGAAAGCCACAGCUGGCCUACGGUUGCUGCCAGGAGAGAAAGCUCAGAAGUUGUUGGAUAAGGUGAAGGAGAUUUUUCAGGCCUCCCCCUUCUUCGUGAGGGACAACUGCGUGUCGAUAAUGAAUGGAAGCGAUGAAGGUAUUUCAGCCUGGAUCACAAUAAAUUUUCUAACAGGUAGCCUAGACGACCCCCAGAAGAGAAGUGUAGGGAUGCUGGAUUUGGGUGGUGGAUCGACACAGAUCACCUUCCUUCCACGCACCGAGGCAACUCUCCAGGCAUCACCAGCUGGCCAUACAACUUCGUUUCGGAUGUUUAACAACACCUACAAGCUCUAUUCAUACAGUUACCUGGGACUUGGGCUGAUGUCAGCAAGGCUCGCCAUUUUAGGAGGACUUGAGGGAAAACCCUUAGGAGAAGGGGAGGAAUUGGUCAGCCCUUGUUUACCCCCUGGCUUCAAAUCUGAAUGGCAACAUGCCGAGAUAGUGUACAAAAUUAAAGGACAGAAGGCAGGUGAGCCUCUGUACGAGUCCUGUUCUAACAAAGUGGCAAAGAUGCUCUACAAAAAAGUGCAUAAAGCUGAGGAAGUGAAGGGCUUGGAUUUUUACACCUUCUCCUACUACUAUGACCGUGCAGCAGAUGUUGGUCUCAUAGAUAAAGAAAAAGGAGGAAGAUUAACUGUUGGUGACUUUGAAGUUGCAGCUAAAUAUGUGUGCAAGACUAUGGAGAUCAGCCCUGGAAGCAGCCCGUUUCUCUGCAUGGACCUCACCUACAUCACCUUCCUCCUGCAGGAACUGGGCUUCCCCAAGAGCCAAGUCUUUAAGCUUGCCCGGAAAAUUGACAACGUUGAAACAAGCUGGGCUUUGGGAGCCACUUUCCAUUACAUCGACUCGCUCAAUAGACUGCAGUAGUACAGCUCCUUGAGGGUGACUUUUGGGAAUCUCAGUUUUUUGGAAGCCUGACACAGGAGAAUCUGCUGAAGGGCCUGCUUUUGGCUUCUGGAAUCCUUUGGGAGGCCACCAUGAACCUUUUCCUCCCACCCCCUGCCAAAUCCCCUCCAUCACUUUUGUACAGCACAGAGUACAGCAUCUAAAGAACAAGCCACGAUAUCACAGCAGCUUCAGUCAACUUGAUGUGAAACCUGACUGUUGUUGAAGGAUAACCAGGACUCUGCAGAACACCUCUGAUCUCUGAGAGACGCAUCUUUUUGUGUGGUUGUACUGUGCUGAAGUUGCUGUGGGAAACAGUCGCUCCAGAGGAACUCUUUACUCGUUUACUGAUUUCAAGGUGGGUUUUUUCCUGUUUGUCAGCAGUUUUCAGUGAUGGCUUUUGCUUCCCUACUUCUGUGUUUGAAGGUGAAUUUGCGAGUGUGUGUGCAAAGGCAGUGCAUUUACACAGAUGUGCUGCUGACAGGCAGUGACUUUGAAAUGCUCUGUGGAAGUCUCGGCUCUGCUUUCCACCUGCUCAGGAGUACACUAGAAACUGGAUAUGGACUUCAAGGCAUGAUUCAGAGCUUACAUGCUCUGUAUGGUUAAAGCCUGCAGCCUAAUGUUGGUACCCUGGCUGAUGGGAGAUGGAUGGGGAGGGAGAACAUCAGAUUUGCUGGAUCUGUGGAUGCCUGGGAGUUGAGUAUGGGGCUAAUGAUGGAUUUGGCAGCUCCAGAGUCAGUCAGGGUAAGGUCAUCGGACAAGAUGUAGCCACAAGAAUAAACCCUGGGCACGGGUUACUGGACCUGAGAGACACUUAUGCCUUGGUGAGGUUGCUGCAGGGCCUGGGAUGAGUGCAUCUACAUGGUGGUAUUGUGCCGCUUGCUGCAGACACAGCUCACUUUGAUAAAUGAAUGUACUGUGGUUGCACUGAGCUGUGGCAGGUGGCUGCAAUGCACCACUCCAGUGGUGUGGUGUACGUGGGCUGGAAGUGAUCUCAGAGGCGUCAGGAGGUGGGGAGGAUGUGCUAUGCUAUCUGUAAUAUAACUGUGGAAUUGUGUUGUAUUUAUAUGGAUAUUUAGAGCUGACCCGAGUGGUCUUUUGGGGGUGCAAAUGAGCCCAGCCUGCCACAGAGCCAGCAGCGCACGCCCCGACUCGUGGGCUUGUGGCCACAGCCUCGUCCUUUCCCCGGGGCAGUGAGAUGUGGUAUGGCAGUGUGCCAUGCUGCAGGGCAGGGGGCUCAGCGGCUCAGUGUACAGGGGACACUUGAACAUUGACAAUAAAACCCCGGUUUAAAAUGAAA